AUGCAUUUUCAAUGAUUUUUAUUUCAAUACGCAAAUGUGAUUGAAUUAAUUUAUUCUCCCAUUUUAUCUCUUUUUUUUUUAGAGAUAUAAGUGUUGUUUGUUAAUUAUAUGUACAAGUAAAAGAUGCUUGGAAUGUGCUUUAUCUUAACUUUUAAUUUUCUUCCCUGCAACGCGCUUGUUUAAAUUAAUUUGAAAAUUCAAUAUUGCAUUUAAAAAUUAUGCAUUGGAAAACGACAGGAUGACCGCUCUCAGGUUCCUCUCUGUCAUGAAUUAGAGAUCAGAAUUCGACCAAUCGAAACUAAGCGGGCAAAGAUCGAUUUAAGUCGUUUGUAUGGUCGAAAUCUAAUAUCCGCAAUUUUCGCGAUUCUCGAUUUUCCUCUCGGUUGUCAUGGCGACGGACGGCUCGCCGACAGUCGCCCGUCCAGAUGGUGCGACGGUCGCGCGCGGAACGCGACGCGAGCCGACGCUGCCGACGACGACGCCGUGUGUCGAAUCGCGGCGGCGACGAUCACAGACGAUCAGUAGCGGCACUGACAUUCGGGGGAGUGGUCGACUCGCGUGUCGCACCCGUAUACUCCCCUCUGUCGCGUUCCUCGUAGCACGAACGGAUCCGGAGCGCGCGUCUCGCGCGCGCGCGAGUGCUACGCCAGGGAGGCUGCCGCCGUCGCCGUCGCCGUCAUCGCCCGUUCCUCCGGUUACGGCCGCUGGUGCGUCGCCGAAGCCGCGUCGCGUGCUGCGGAACCCGCGCCGCGUGUGCCCCCGUGCCCGAAAAAUGUAAUAUGGCGAUGGUUGCGUCGAACAUGAGCGGCCACAUACAGAAGCAGCUCACCAGGAGCCUCGAGCGGAUCCUGGAGGAGGCGCACCUGAGCGGCGAGCUCAAGCUGAGCGGCCGUAAACUUAAAGACUUCCCGAAGGUCGGGAAGGCCGGCGCGGCCAAGUACAAUCUCCAGGACACCGUGAUCGCCGACCUUUCGAAGAAUCGUUUCAGUGAGUUACCGGAGGAAGUCACGGAAUUUCCAUUCCUCGAAAAGCUGCAUCUUUAUCAUAAUGCCAUAAGAAUAAUCCCGGAAACCAUCGUAAUGCUCCAGUCCCUGAACUACCUCGAUCUUAGUCGAAACCAAUUGACGUCCCUACCUCGAGAGAUAUGCAGGCUACCCCUUCAGACUUUGCUAGUCGCGCACAACAGAUUAGCAUCUCUGCCAGACGAGCUGGGCAAGAUGACAGCAUUAGCAGAACUGGACGCAGGUUGCAACGAAAUCACGAGUCUUCCACCUCGAAUAGGCGACCUUGCGCGGCUCCGGUCUCUAGACCUGAGGAGCAACUUGCUGGUGCACCUGCCUAUAGAACUGACGUACCUGAGGCUCGUGAAGCUGGAUAUUAGCGGCAAUCGAAUAUCUGUACUUCCAAACGAGAUGAGGAAGAUGAAGAGCUUGGUGGAUUUCAAAUUGUCCGACAAUCCGCUGACCUCGCCGCCUGCCUCGCUAUGCAUUCGCGGGCGAACGCACAUUUUCAAGUACUUGGAGAGGCAGGCAGCGAAGCACGAGAGGGCCAGAGGUGGUCGAACGCGGCGGGUACCACUGGAUGCGAGAGGUCACGCGACAUUGGACACGAGGUCGCACCGGCGGCACAACGUCGACAGCGGGUACAGCACUAGCGACGGUGUCGACAAACGUUGGUCCCAGGAAAUCCACAGCGCGGUACAUGACGGCGAAGUUCGCAGCUUAUGGCGGCAGGAAUGUUCACCGCUCUCGAUAACGCUGCCGCACGAGGUAGGCAUGAACGGAUCUUGCAGCGGCACGUCGACGCCCAGCACGAUUUCACCCGGGGAGCACACGUCCCUGGAAGAUGAAUUAGGCAAGGCGAUGAUACUGCACGAUCAACUGGAAAAGAGGAGAUUGGAGAGAAGCACCUCGGAGAAUGGAGCGGACAUUAGAAGACCGAUGAUCUCCGGCCUUCAUCACACAUCGAUUACGCCACCGGGGGAAUAUAAAGAAGCUCUGAAGCAGCAAAGAGCUAAUGAAGGUCUAAGCGUAUACAGACCUCGUGAACAAGUUACACCUCCAGGCAAUGAGAUACAAAACGAUACCGACAUUGGUAACAAUAAAGAAAUCAUUACUCUAACUGGCAAGCAAAUCUUCAACGAGGAUAAUGCGUUGAAGAGGCCAGUUCAGAAAGUUACUCCGUCACGAAUUAAUUACCAAAACACACCGAUUAUCAACGGUAGCAAUAACGAGUACAACAAUAAGAAUGGAAAGUAUCUCGAGCAACCUUAUAAAAAGCCUAGCUCGCCCAUCAAAACUUCGAGUAGUAUCCUGUCCACGAACACAAGUCCAGCCCACGCGCCCAGGCUAGUGAAAACCGCUGUUGGUUACGUUGAAGGCAACAAUAGUCCAAGCAGAAACGGCGGCAGUCCGAAAUCCCCGCGAUCUGUCACGUGGAAUAGUAACGUGCCUGAAAAGUAUUCCUUUACUAUGAGGAGAGAAUUUGAACGUGCCAAAGAAGAGGCUGAUCUCAUCGAACAACUGCGAAACCACAUAGAGACGAGAUUAAAGAUGGCACUGCCGGAGGACCUCGCACCAGCGUUAACGGAUGGCGUUGUUCUCUGUCACCUGGCGAACCACGUUAGACCGCGAUCGGUUGCCAGUAUACAUGUUCCUUCUCCCGCUGUACCUAAACUGACAAUGGCACGAUGCAGGCGUAAUGUCGACAACUUCCUCGAGGCAUGUCGGAAGAUUGGCGUUGAUGAGGAGGUGUUAUUGGAUGCGGAUGCAAUCAUGGAUGUGGGUUACAUGGACGCGUACGGACUGGAGGCUCUGGCGCGCCUCGUCACCGCUCUUCUCCUUGUUCGCGAUGAGGGGGAGAGUGGCACCAAAAAGCCGGCCGCAGAUUCACUCCGUAUGAUUCAAGACCGCGUUCUGUCCGCUAUACUUUUUGUUACAUUCCUAUCCGCCGUGGUUCUACUCUAUCUCUUCCCGAUUCCCAAUUAAUGAGACGCUGUUGAAAAUGGAAAGUCACCAGUAUGCGAAAGAUGAAGGAUCGACGAAUUGAGAAAGAGAGGGAAAAAAGAGUACCAAAAUCAGGAGCCACGGUACCUGGAGACGGCGAUUUUCAGAGCAAUCUCUGGUCUUCUUUUUGACUGAACAUCGUAUCAAUUUCACUUUUGAUAAUCGUACCAGAGUUCUGAGAAUCACCAUCUCGUUCGAACAAUGAUGCGACACUUUCAAUGUUCAUUUCGCAAUUCGAUAUUUUUAGGAUUAAAUAUUUGGUCAUUUUGUCGAUUCUUAGUACUUACGUUUGUUAGGGUUCAGAAAGUGUCGUAUCGGAUUCGACUUCGAUGUCGAAGAUUCCCAAACAUUGUUCACUUUGAAUGAAGAAAAAAAUGUGCGUCAGCAUUCAAUAGAUACGACACUUUUUUCAUCUAAGAAAAAGACUAAUGCCCGUGUUUAUAGUCAGGUCUUAUACUUAAGGCUUCCUUAAAUUUAUCUUUAGAUACUUUGUAGCCAUAAACAAUGAAAUGAUUCGUAGAAUAUUUAAAGAUAAACUUAAGGAGGCUUUAAAUAUAAGGUUUGACUAUGAAUACGGGCAUAAGUGUCUAAAUACGUAAUGUGAACAACACUACAGGGCCAUCAUUGACGUCGAAGUAUUCUGUAAUUUUUUAAAGUGUCUUUCGAACGAAUUAAAGACGAUUGUUGCGUCUAGACUCUUUAAAGAAUAUCAGAACAUAUCUUUUGUCGCAUGAAAUUAUCGCCAACCUCGCUGAAGGCAAAGUACUUAGUUUCUGAAAAUCGACUUAUCACAAUUGUAGCUUUAACAAAUUUGUUUUUUUUUUUUUUUUACCUACGCUCACGUAAUUUUCUUCGUUUGAAUGCGUGAGUGAGAGAUCCUUGCGAUAAACGAAGAAUUUUCGGAAGUAGUUUUUAAGUGUUGAUAGGCAGCUUGAAACGUUUAGUCAGCUAAGUAAUAUGUAAAUCUUUUUAUUUUCUAAAAAAAACCUUCAUUCGUCAUCGACAAUUACAAGCGGGGGAUGUCAAUGAAAGUUCAAGUGAUAAUAUCCCUUGCAAAAUAUGAAAUGUUAUUUUAUUCUGUGUACUCGCGUUAGUUUUGUCCGAGUUUACCGCGAAUUAACGUAAAAUCAAAGAGCGCAAUCAAAGUGGAAGGCGCUCGCAUAUCACGUUUAGUUGUAAAUGUACCUUACAGAAUGAACCAAUUAUAUGAUCGCCGCUUGCAAUCGCGCAAGCUGGAAAUCAUCGGCUAGACCGAUGAAAUGGUAUUUUGAUAAAAAAGAAAAGGAUAGAGGUUGAAAAUCGAGAGUUGAUGUGCAAUACUCAUUCAAGAAUUGUACAAGUAUAUAUUCCGUAUUUGGCUUUCCGAAUUUUCGGGAAGUAUCCAUUGCCUUUUAUACGAUGAAAGCCUCAGAAUCCCAAUUAGCUGGUAUUGCAUCAUCAUUCUCUGCGCCUGGGUCUGCGACUACCAGGAAGAGAAGAGAAAGAGCGAUUGGAAGGACAGUUAUGGAUGCCUUGGACGGCAAUAUUUUUUUAAGAUUCGACCAAUGAACUGCCUGUGGCUCUUUCAGGAUUGGUGGGUCUGUGAUAGAGAGAGGUAGCCUGCGAGUUACAUGAUUCACGAAAAGGUGCUAAAGGAAUUUUUUUCAGUUCGAGGAUUUUCUAUUUUGAUAAUGUAGAGGUCUAACAAAUGAUGAUGACGUUUAUAUCAUUCGUUAUAAAUUAGAUGCGAUAUCACUUUUUUAAUUCGUAUUCGUAAUUUCGUAGAUAGAUCGAUCGUCUUCUUUAUCUGUUAUUACAAGAAACAAUAACAAGAAACAUUUCGUUUCAGGAGAGAAGAAACAGAAUAAAUCAUUUUUCGAUAUUUUAUCGACCAAGUAGUUUGGUCGUAGUCUAAAAAAAAAUGCUGUACUUUAGGUACUUAGAUUGGUGUUACUUUGAUCUCGACAUUAAGUUCCGAUGCUUCUGGAAAAUAAGAAAUGUAAAUUUUAAAAUUUAGAAGAUAAAAAUAUGGAAAGUAUUUUAUAUCGAAAUUUCAUCAUCAUGGUUAAACAUAAAAAUCGAAUAUACAAAACUGUAUUAAUUAGUAGUAAAACACAAUUAUUCAACUCGAUUCUAAAUGUAGAAUCAAAUUGAUAAAAACUGUACUUGACAACUUAAUUGUCUAACAACAAAAAUUUAUAUUGAUUUAAACUCUGAGAAUUAUUCUUCAUCAGUAGAAACAGUAAAAAUAAAAAUAGUACGAAAAAGCAACUAAUCGAGAUCAAAGUGACCGCGAUGCUAUGCUGGUAGAGACAUGGUGCCUACUACCUGCCAAUUUAUUUUCAUAAAAAUUCGAUAGGAGAACAUAAAGGGCAUAAUAUAUCUAUAAUAUGUAAGCGUAUAACUUAUAUUGUAAUAUUAAGAAAACGCCCUUCAGAUUUGUAAGACAGGAUCUUUGUCGGAAAAACACAGAUACAAUAUUACAUCACAUCCAGAUGACUGAUAGACAGUGAGCUUUUUAGACAAUGAUUUUGAUACUAAUCGCCGCAAAGUACUUAAGAUAGUGCCAAAUUUCUCAGCAUGUUCCAUCAAACGCGACUUUGUUUCGUUUUUCCGACAAGAUUUCUGACAAGUUCGGAAAAAUUCUAACGUGAAGCGACGCUAAUCGUUAUACGAAUUACCGAAACGCUUAAGUCGAGCAAUUGGAACUUUCAGAGGGCUAAAAGGAUUCCUCGUAAAAAAAAACGUAAAACUCUUUUUGUAAGUGGACCUUACAACGGGCGACCAUGCUAUACUUCGAGAGAGAGACUAUCAUACAAGCAUAAUACAAUAUUUAUACAUGUAUCCUCGUGAGUCAACACGCGCUUUACUCGAUGCAGCAUGCUUGUAUAUCUUGUUUUUGAGGAGUUGCAAGGGCGAGCCGCAUCUCUCACGAUUUCUUGCGACUACUUGGAUUCACUUUGCAUCUUGCCGAGAGAUAUACGAUUUCGGGACGCGUACGCAUAAACGACAUGGCAUUUUCGCGUUUACAGUCGAAGUGAGUUUUGCACUUUCUAGUCUAUAACUACUACUAAUAAUAUCGUUAGUUAUAAGUUGUCGAACUAUCCCCGUUCUAGUCAGAUUAUUUUCUCCUCUUACAUUUUUUCUUUUUCUGCGAUCACAGAAACUUGUGGCUUCAUCUGCAACCUAUGCGAAUGUUGAUUUCGCAGCUAUUCUUCAGUACUUAACGCAAUGUCUAUUUAGUCAGUUUAGAUGCUAUAUUGUCCUUCUUCUGGAACGCCCGACGUUCAUAUUCUACGAUCUUCCUCAAUUUAUAUCUUGCAGAUUAUUUUUUCCUUGCAUAUAAUUUAUUUAUACAGAAUAUAAUUUUAUCGUCAUAUAAUUAAUUUAUUAACAGUUCCUUUCUUAACAGUUCUCGUUUAAAUACUAUUUUGUUGCAUUUAUUUAUUGGGCACUAAUAAUUAAUUAUCGGGAGAGAACUUUGUUUCCUCUUUUACAUUUAAUGUGUGAAAAAUUAACAAUACGCGCGUUCGACGAUCAUAGUAUCUUUAAUAAAUAUUCUUCUUUAAAAAAAAAAAAAUAAUGAGAACGUCAAGAGCUUUGAACUGUAAUUGUCGACCGUAAGUUAAAUUGCACCGUCAGAGGACAAAUUAUCAUCUCCGGGCGUUCCGAAUCUUAAACGCGGUUAAUUAGGCGGUCCGCUAAUAACUUCCGCGCUUACAUCCAACGGGCGAAUCGUCCAUUAUGGAAUAACGAACGAACGGCCGAACGAUGACAAGUCAUCAUACGGAUAUAUUCCAUUACGUUUAAUCAUCGAUCAUUACGACGGGUGCCUAAUGAUCCUGCGCGGGGACGCGAAUACGAAUGGUGGCCACGUCACGUCAGUAUUAUUCUCAUUAGAAUUGGACGAGAUGUCGAAGUAUAUUGGGAUAGUAUUUUCAACAAUUUAAGACUGGUUUCGAAUUUAGCGCACACCAGUGUGUACUUCGUAUUUGUAUUGUCAGUUGCUUGGCAUAACGGUUCACGAUUGAUCUACGUGAUUGACCGGCGUGCUAAUGAAACCUUCAUAUCUUCGCAAACGGGCGAGCGCAAAUGAUUUUGUAGCGAUAUCGAUAGCUAUUAUAGAAGAUAUUAAAAGCGGUCAGUUGAAAACCAAUCGUUAGAUUUAAAUUCGAGCUAAUACGCUUUAUAUAUGCAGAGUAAAAGUGUGGUGCGGGACUUUAGUUUUGGAUCCAGUCGUGCUAGUCGAGGGUCAAUCUCGUAGAUCGAAUUAGCAUUGAAUUUUACCGAUAGCUUUCGCUUUUGCAAGAGGCUACAUUGCUAUUAAGCUAAUAUUCACGAAAAAAAUGAAAAAGAGAAGUACUUGAGGGAGAAAAAUACGAAAUCAUUCCGUUUGCGUUUAGCUUAUGUAAUAAUUUUUGUAAAGUACGCGAAAAGAGAAAAAGCUUAUAUAUGCAGAAAUAUAUAUAGAGAGAUAGAUAUAUUAUAUAUGACAAAAAAAACAGAUAUAUAGUUCGUUGAAGCUAGUUUUUUAUAUCGUUUUUCGUGAUCUUUCUUUCGUUUUUUUUUCCUUUUUUUUAUGUUAAUGUUAACGUACGUAAGUCAAUUAAAUUAUUCGUUAGCUCGAUAAAUCCACUUGGUGCUUGGUGUAUACUUUCGUCCGUUGUUGUUUUUGUAAGCUUCUAAAGCUUCUCUUGUCUAUUUAUAUACAUAUCUAUAUUUAUUCCGCUCUUUAAACUAACUUUAUACUUGCACGAUCGAUGCCGAGCUCACCGAAGCUCAAGACAAUAAUUCCUUUCUGAAUAGAUAUGUGACCUAAGCGGUCAGGAUCGAUUCGUAUCAAUUCGAUCAUUGCGUGUAACGAAGCGCUCAACAUCAAUCGAAAAACGUACAUACGCACAAUGCAUUUAUGUCGUCUCGGUCGAGUCGGGUUCAAUUUCUGUCACAUUUAUUGUAAAUUCAUUCAUUAAUAUAUAUUGAUUACAAAAAAAGAACAUUUUUAAUUCAAGUAUUUCAAUUUGAAGAGAUUAUUUUAAAGUGACUUAUCAAAUCCUAUUUAAAUACGCCCCUUAAUUCUAGAUUUCUUAAUUCUAGAUUAAGCUUAAGCUGAUUUCUCCUUCGUCUUAAGGGAGAAAUUUAGAACAAUUUUUAAUUGAAAUGUAUAUACAUAAUAUUAUACAUAAAAUAUAAAUAGAUAUGUUGCUAACUUCAUAAAUUCGUAACUUCAAUUACUAUUAAUAAUUAUUAUUUAAUGUGUUAUUUUUUAAUUAAUUCAUUUUUGUAAUCACACUUUUACUCCAAUUGCAUUAUAUACAAUAUGAUGAAUAAUUAUAACAACGACAAUCCAAAUCGAGAAUGAAUCGAAUUUUUAAGUAAAAUUAUACUUAUCGAGCUCAGGAAAUACGUGCAUUUAUUAGCCGAAUACUGUUUAAUUUAAACGAAAUGCAAUAAUUUAACCCGAUUCGAUUCGAAGCAUCGCCUAAUUCGCAUAAUUACGAUCGAUGUAACGCGCGAGUUUACACGAGAUCGCACGUAUCUACAGAUAUCGUAUCUCGCAAGUCUCGCAGUGUGUGUUUCGUUUUUCUGUCUUUCAUAUUUGAUUUAUUUAUAAACCACGUUACAUAUAUACGACACUCGUCCGCCAUCCCUGACGCUUCGUUAUUAGAACGGUCCUAGCGGCGGGAUGCGUAAUGCGAAGAGACAAUCAUCGCAUCUUUUCUUUGCUUUCCGUCGAGUCGAUCGACCAAGAAAAACGAAUCUCUUUAAUUGUCUCGCCGCUCGGACCACAGCGAUAUAUCAUUGACCUUGUUUUCCUCCUUUGAGGUAUACUCUGUAACGUUGAUUGUAUGGGUAAAAAAAACAUAAUGAUUGUAAUACUAUAGCCAUUUAUAAUAAAAUAUCCUUUUCUUAAA